AUGAUGUUAACUCCUUCUGAUGUUAGGAUACUUUCAAAUUUCAGUGUGAAGAAUACACCGCAAAACGUACUGUCAAUAGAAGCCCUCUGCGAGGACAACAAUGGCGACGCCGAUGGAGCACGUGGAGACGAUACGGCGGAACAAGUUCUCGAUCGGGCAAAAGAUCCGAACCCGCUCACGGAGGAUCUUCACCAGGCCGUGAAGAAUCUCUCCGCGGAGCUCUACGCCAAGGACGUCCAUUUUCUCAUGGAGCUCAUUCAGAAUGCUGAGGAUAACGAGUACGAGGAUGGCGUUGAUCCAUCAUUACAGUUUGUGAUCACAUCCAAGGACAUUACCGGAACUGGAGCUUCGUCUACUCUUCUCAUCUUCAACAACGAGAAGGGAUUUUCACGAAAAAACAUCGAAUCCAUCUGUAGCGUUGGACGAUCCACCAAAAAGAACCACCGCAAACGUGGCUAUAUCGGCGAGAAGGGAAUCGGAUUCAAGAGCGUGUUUCUAAUCACCUCUCGUCCGUACAUAUUCAGCAAUGGCUAUCAAAUCCGUUUCGACGAGUCCCCCUGCCCGGCUUGCGAUGUCGGCUAUAUCGUCCCUGAGUGGGUCGACUCGAAUCCCAUCAUCUCCGAGAUAAAAUUAAUCCACGGCCCAAACAUAACCCUCCCAGCCACAACCAUUGUCCUGCCUUUAAAGCCCGACAAGGUGGGGCCCGUCAAGAAGCAGCUCUCGAGCGUCCACCCAGAGCUCCUCCUAUUCCUCUCGAAGAUCAAGAAGCUCUCUGUCCGGGAGGAGGGCUCGUCGGGCCCCACGGCAGCACUAACCGCAAUCUCCAUCUCGAGCGAGACCAACUUUGUCACGAGGAAAAACGUCGAUGCCGAGUCCUUCCUUCUCCACCUCUCGGCCGAUGCGGGCCCAGAGUGCAGCUACCACAUGUGGCGCCAGAGGUUUCCGGCCCGGCCCGAAAACCGGGUCGAGAGGAGGAGCGACGUCGAGGAGUUCUCGAUCACGCUUGCUUUCCCCAACGGCGAGCGGCCCCAUGCGGACUUCCUCUUGGCCUCGUCUCGGGAGACGAUCCUCCUCGACUCCCCCUGGAACCGAGCAAUUCUCGAAUGCGUGCCGUCUGCUUUUACGAACGCGUUCAUUUCUCUCGUCAAGGAAAACGGCGAUGCUCCGAUUUCGAAUCUCCCGCGCAUGUUCGGCUUCCUUCCGGUUGACAGCUCGCCGUACCCUCUGCUCAACUCGUUCGUGAGGGAAGCGAUCAGGUCGAAGCUGAUGGGAGAGAGUAUUAUCCCCUGCGAGUCGUACACGCAGCAGAGGUUUUUCCAUAGGCCCGGGGAAGUCGGGAGGCUGAGGCCCACUUUUUGGAAUCUGCUCAAGAAGGCCCGGGACGAAGGGGUGUGCCUCGAUAACAUCUCGACCCACGGGAAGUACAUUCUGAGUUCCGCAUUCGACAAUGAGGAAUGUGACAGCUUUUUGAAUUUCUUGAAAGUGGGCCCCGUGGACGAUGACUGGUACGCCAAGUGUGUCCGGAGUUUGAAUCUCGUUCUGGGAGGAUCUGAGGGUCUCUAUCUUGAAUUCCUCCUUUUCGCGGCUGAGAAUUGGCGGGCCUUCUCGAGCACGAGCUUUGUUGAUGUGCCUCUUAUUAAGUAUGUGGGUCAGCAGUCUCAGGUCUCACUUAUCUCACCGGGCACAGCAAACAGAGCCUCCCGUCAACAGGAGAUUCUUUUCCUGUCCAAGUCGCCCGGUCAGAUCACGUGGCUGGUCGAUUGGAAUGGGGAGUUUGUAAGCGUUCAUGACCGGUUUUUCCUUCCUGAGUCAACUCAGCGGGAAAUUUGUUUCCAUCCCAAGAGGCAGACAAUAUGUGAUUGGCUUUUGGAGCAAUUGGGCAUUAAUUGCGUUACGGUCUAUGACUAUGCUCUCCAAUUGGCGAAGUCAAUCAGUAAACGUAAACGCAGAGAACAUGCUGUGACCUACGCCCAUUUUCUCUAUCACUCGACGGUAAAGAAGUACCUAUCCACUACAGAGGCUGAUCACGCGGCCAGCUGCAUGCCGCUCGUUAACAACUAUGGGCAGGUGACCCUGAGCAGGCAGGGUGUUAUUGUCCCUGCAAGCGGAAGCCGUUGGGUGCAGCUCGUCGGUUUCAAUCCAUGGAAAAACGAAGGCUAUGUCGAACUUGGCGAGGAUUAUCUGCACUCCGGAAAUUAUGCAGGUGGGGUAGUCACCCGUGAGAAAGAACUUACUCGUUUUCUCGAGUCUUACGUGAAAGCUUCGGACGUGCCCGAUUUGCCCCCUCCCGAUGAGGAUAUCCCAAGCUUCUAUUCGUCUUUGACUAAGCAAAAUGCAUUGCUCCUUUUGCAAUGGGUUCAUAACCUGAGAGUGAAGAAAACGCGGCUACCCAACAAGUUUCUUAACUGUGUAAAGAACGGAAACUGGCUUCGCGUUUUGCUCGGUGCAAGCGUGACCUUCAAGCCACCAUCACAAUCCUUUCUCCUUACUUCUUCAUGUGAGUGCCUCAAUAAAUAUGGAUCGGUUAUUGUCGAUAUACCAUUUGUCGAUCAGAGCUUUUACGGGAACAAAUUAUCCGAGUACCAUGAGGAGCUGAGACAUGUUGGGGUCAUGUCUGAGUUUAAGGAUGCAUGCGAGUACAUUGGGAAUCAUCUCAUGUCUGUAGCGGCCUCGUCAGCUCUGACUCGUGCCCAUGUGUUCUCGAUACUGAACUUCAUCCGAUUCUUGAGAGAUAAACUCCUUCCUCCCGAUGGUUUUAUAAAUAGCAUCAAGGAGAAAAAAUGGCUGCGGACUUCACAAGGCGAACGGAGCCCGCGGGAAUCCGUGCUUUACGACCCGGAAUGGGAAGCCGCCUCUCAUAUUAGCGAAAUCCCGUUUAUCGACCAAAACUAUUACGGGACGGAAAUAAAUUCCCACGGGAAAGAACUUCAGCUUCUCGGCGUGCUCGUCGGUUUUCGCGCGAAUUACAAACUCGUUCACGACAAAUUAAAAUCUCCGUCCGGCCAUUAUAGCUACCAGGCAGCUAUGGACAUUCUUUUGUUGCUCGAGUGUCUGCGUCAUUACAGCUCGUCCGAGAAGCUCCUCGGAAUUCUCAAAGACUCAACCCUCCUGAAGACAAACAAAGGUUUCAAGUCCCCGGCCGAGUGCUAUCUAUUUGACCCCACGUGGGGCUGCCUUCUGCAGGUCUUCAACAACACCUUCGCCCUCGUCGACACCCAAUAUUACGGAGAUGAAAUUUUAUCUUUUACGAAUGAGCUGGCGGGAAUAGGAGUGCUCGUCAGUUUCGAGGAGGCAGCGAAAGCAUUCGCUCGUGUUUUCAGGCAGCAGGCUUCGUUGUCUGCCAUUAGUCGAGACAACGUCCUCUCGUUUCUUGCGUGCUGUAGAAAGUUUAAACUCGCCGGUUUAAAAUUUCACAAAGAUGUCAAGUCGUGCAUCGCAGAGGCUAAAUGGCUUCGCACUCGGCUAACUGAUUACAGGCCACCGAAGCAGUGUAUUCUGUUCGGCCCCGAGUGGGCCCCCAUCUCUUCGAUUUCUAUCCUGCCUUUCAUUGAUGAGAAUUACUACGAGUAUAAAAACGAGCUUCAGGCCCUUGGAGUAAUCGUUUCUUUUAAAUCCGGUGCUAAGUUUGUGGCUUCGAGCCUUCGUCUACCUCAGGAUCCGAGCGGCAUCACGGCUGCAGCCGCUUAUUCCUUGUUCGAAUGCAUUCGGAACCUGCUUACCAAUCUAGACGAGCCUUCUUUAAUCGAAAAUCUCGUUCGUAAAUCCGCACGAGCCUGGAUAAAGACUCGGGCCGGUUACCGGGCUCCAAACGAGUGCCUGUUAUUCGGGCCUAGUUGGGAUUCGUCUUCCUUAUCCCGUGAAGACGGGCCCUUUAUCGACGAGACAUUUUACGGGCCGGGCAUAAGAUCGUAUUCGAAGGAGCUGAACGCUUUAGGAGUCGUGGUGGAAAAGGAAAAUGGGUGCUCGUUGCUCGCCUCCCACAUGGAGUCCCACGCGAAAGAUUUCGCGGCCAUCAAACGGAUUUAUUCCUUCCUGAACGAGUCAAAAUGGAGAGCUCCGGUUAAAAAUGCCGUGAAAAUAUGGGUUCCGGUUGGGUCCGAUGGCGGCAAAUGGGUAACCUCUGAAGAAUGCGUUGUUCACGACAAAGACGGUCUUUUUGGAGGUAAGUUUUAUGUUUUGGACACGUUUUACGAGAAGGAGCUGUUGACUUUUUUCUCCUGCAAGCUAGAAGUCAAACAAUCCCCGUGUAUCGACGAUUACCGUGACCUAUGGAUUGAUUGGGAGAAGAAAUAUUCGAGCCGCCCUUUGGAAAGCAGCGAGUGCCUCGCCUUUUGGUCUUACGUUGCAAGGCAUUGGGGCCCGAAGGCGCGGGAAGCUCUCUCCGAGAGCUUCCAGAAGCUUCCGGUCUUUUGUGGCUCGGGUGGUGGGAUUUUACUCGUGGACAAGCGUGAUGUAUUCAUCCCGGACGAUCUCUACCUCAAAGACCUGUUCGAAAGUUCGGCUUCUUCACGUCCUCUGUUCGCCUGGUGGCCUCGUCCCAGUUCAAAGUACUUGCCUAGGAACAAGCUGCUUGACAUUUUCGGCAAAAUCGGCGCUCGGAAUUUAUCCGAGUCUGUUGAGAGAGUCGAGGACUCGUCCACGCGUGUGUGGCCGGCCGCCCAGGAAAGUUCGGGUGAGGCUUUCGUUCGAAAGAGAGGGUUCGUAAAAUUGAUUCUUGGUUUUCUUGCGGGCCUCGAAAUUGAGCCCGACGAGAGGCAUAGUGCCGUGAAGAACUUGCUCGAGGCUACCGUUAUCGAGACCCCAUCACCGAUAACUAUCGAGUACAGACUGAGGCUUAAAUCUGGGGAGGUCGUGAGUGCCGGUGCACGUGGGUUGAUGCGUUGGGAGAGGGACACGUGUCGGUUUUUCAUGCACGGGUCGGGCGGGUCGGGUGGUUUUAAGAAUAUUCUAGAAAGGGGGAUUUGUUUUGCUCGGGUGGUCUCGAAGGGGCUUAUGUGGGACAAGGAGGAUGAGAUCGGGCCGCUUGUCGAGCUGGUUGAACUCGGAUUUUUACUGGAAUUUGACGAGGCGGCGGUCGAGUUCUUGAUGAAGACGAAGAACUUACAGAUAUUUUUGGAGGAUGAGGAGUUUUUAUCCCCUGCAUUGCCUUCUUGUUUGGUACGUGUAUUUACAUCUCUGAAUGUUUAA